AUGACACUUGCCUAUUAUGGACAGCCAGUAAAGAUGUGCCAUAUAUUGCCCCCUUUACGCUCUCUGCCAGUAUUAGUGGGAAAAAAAAAACUGAAAAAAAAAAAAUCGCAGACUACUAAUAAUCACGUGAUAUUUCUUUUCACUCUCUUCAUAAAGUUGCUAAAAACACACAAUCGAAUGAGCCUCUGA